AUCUGGAGGACUCCCAUCUCUUCCUCUUAGGACUGAGAGCAAGGUUCGAGGACCAUCCAUUGCUCUCAAAGCGGAAGAACAAAUCCACAAGAUAAAACAAGCCGGCAGGCCUACAUUGGAAUAUGUACGAGAGUUUUGCAACAUAGCUGGUCGGAUAGAGAGGCGUCUCAAGCAUUUCAAAGAGGGGCUAGAUGAUUACCUCUCCCAAACCUGUAUCUAUUGAGCAGUACCUGAUCAGCUGCUAGAAUGGUACCAGGCAGCAAUAAGACUAAAUGUUCAGCUUGCCUGCUAUAAGAAGCCAAUCCCACCUGAAGCCGAGUUGAGGCCAGAGCAACCCAAAUGGCAGCCGCCACCCCCGAAAACCUCCAACUGCUGUGGCUACUGAAAGUCCCAGGCCACCUGCAGGCCCACCAAUCAAGUGUUUCCAGUGCGGACAACAGGGACAUUCAGCAGCGAAUUGCCCAGUCCCCUACCCUCAGCAGUAGAGUAGACCUCGACCAGCAGCAAGAAAGAAACCGGCCCAGCAGCCAACUGGAUCACACAGGAACUUGUUGCCUAAGUCAUGUCCCCCAAGCAGGAGAGUGCCGAGACCCAAGCUGGACCCGUCGCCAUUCUGCCCUCUUAUGACAGCGACAACGAAGGAGAAAAUGAUGGUGAAUUAAAUGUUCUUGAUGAUAUCUUGACUGAUGCACCAGAUCAUGAUGAUGAAUUGUAUAAUCCUGAUAGUGAACAAGAUAAAAAUGACAAAAAAGGAUCCAAAAGGAAAAGUGAACGGAUGGAAGUAGCUGAAAUUAAAAAACAAAAACCAUCUGUACAUUCCUCAAGGCAGAUCUUACCCAAGCCUCCAAACUCUUCUGUUAGCAAUAACAAAAGAAUUGUGAGCACAAAAGGAAAGCCAGUAUUAGAAUACAAGAGUGAGGACUAUCGAAGGUCUGACAGAAGUAAGCAUCCAGAAAGUGAUAGAAAGUUACGAAUGACAAGCAGCACCUCCAGAGAUCCAUAUAAGGGACAACCUGAAAAGGCAUGUAUGAGGAAAAGGGAAAUUGACAGAAGAGCUAAGUCCUCUACUCCAGAUGCUUCUGCAAGACUAAGGCAUGAUGUGGAGAGACGACCAAGCAGGUCAAGCCAUUCUUCAAAAGAAGAAGUAAAUUCUGAAGAAUAUGGUUCAGACCGUGAAACAGGUAGUAGUGGUUCCUCUGAUGCAGGAAACACUGAAAAUGAAGAAGAGGAGGAGGAGGAGGAAGGAAUGGAGGAGGAAGAGGAAGAAGAAGAGGAAGAAGAGGAAGAAGAUGAUGGAGAGGAAGAGGAGGAAGUAGAAGAAGAUGGAGAUGAGGAGGAGGAAGAGUACGAUCAAGAUGAAAGAGAUCAGAAGGAGGGAAAUGAUUAUGAUACGCGAAGUGAAGCUAGUGACUCUGAUUCUGAAUCUGCAUCCUUUACUGAUGGGUCAGUGAGAACUGGUUCAGGCUCUGAGAUAUCAGAUGAGAAAAAGAAGGCCAGGAAAAGAGCUAGAGGCAUCUCUCCAAUUGUUUUUGAUAGAAGUGGAAGCUCUGCAUCAGAGUCAUAUGCAGGUUCAGAAAAGAAGCAUGAGAAAUUAUCAUCUUCCGUUCGUGCUGUCCAAAAAGACCAAACUAGCAAACUUAAAUAUAUUCUCCAAGAGGCGCGAUUUUUUCUUAUAAAAAGUAACAACCAUGAAAAUGUCUCUCUUGCCAAAGCUAAGGGUGUUUGGUCAACCCUUCCAGUCAAUGAGAAAAAGCUCAAUGCUGCCUUCAGAUCAGCAAGAAGUGUGAUCUUGAUAUUUUCUGUAAGAGAGAGUGGAAAAUUCCAAGGAUUUGCAAGGCUUGCUUCUGAAUCUCACCAUGGAGGAUCUCCCAUACAUUGGGUGCUACCUGCAGGAAUGAGUGCAAAAAUGCUGGGAGGAGUAUUUAAGAUAGAUUGGAUAUGCAGGCGUGAAUUACCAUUCACAAAAUCUGCUCACCUGACGAAUCCUUGGAAUGAACAUAAGCCAGUAAAGAUUGGACGUGAUGGACAGGAAAUUGAGCUUGAAUGUGGAACCCAACUUUGUCUCCUAUUCCCUCCUGAUGAAAGUAUUGAUCUGUAUCAAGUCAUUCAUAAAAUGCGUCAUAAGAGAAGAAUGCACUCUCAGCCCCGGUCAAGAGGACGUCCAUCCCGUCGAGAGCCACUCCGAGAUGUGGGAAGGCGUCGACCAGAGGAUUAUGAUAUUCAUAACAGCAGAAAGAAACCAAGGAUUGAUUAUCCCACUGAGUUUCACCAAAGACCAGGAUAUUUAAAAGACCCCAGAUACCAAGAUAUAGACAGGCGAUUUUCAGGAGUUCGGAGAGAUGUCUUCUUAAAUGGGCCUCCUUAUCCAGGGAUAGAACAGCCUCCCCAUCAUCCAUACUACCAGCACCAUGCUCCACCUCCACAGGCUCACCCUCCUUACUCAGGACACCAUCCCAUGCCACAUGAUGCACGGUACAGGGAUAAGCGAGUGCAUGAUUAUGACAUGAGGGUGGAUGACUUUCUACGUCGGACGCAAGCAGUUGUCAGUGGUCGAAGAAGCAGGCCGAGAGAGAGAGAGCGGGAUCGUGAACGAGAUCGACCCCGAGAUAACCGAAGAGACAGAGAUCGGGAACGAGGGAGGGAAAGAGAGAGAGAAAGAAUAUGUGAUCGCGACAGAGACAGAGGAGAAAGAGGAAGAUACAGAAGAUAAUGUAUUGUAAAACUACAAUUACUUAAGGAAGCAAAGGCAUGUAUAUUUGCGUGUUUACAGGUAGUAAACUUUUAUUUUCCUAAGUCAUCAUACUUGAUUGUGUAGAUGAAUUUAUAAUUGCCCCUAUUCCAAGCAUGCCGUAAGCUGUGAAUUGAAAAACUUCUUUCGGCCAAAAACGUGUGAAGCUUGAUUCUUCAAUUGAGAUUUUCAUUUAAGCAGUUUAGAAGACAAAUAUUUAAAGAAUGUAGAUGAAUUUUCCCAACAUGUUUAUCUUUACAGUAAUUUAAUUAUAUGUUCCUUUGAAUACAAGUUAUUAGCUGCCAUAAUUUUUGCUCUGUUUUUUUGAUAUGUAGCUUUUAAUAUUUCCUGAGUGGGGUAGGGUGGAAUGCUGCUAUCAAGUAUGCAAAAAUACUGGGUGUGAUGGUUGUAUGGCAGUAUUGAAGUGGUCGCCUUUUGUUUUCUGUUUCUGUUUUAAUUUCUGUAAAGGCAAAGCUUGUUCAAUAAUGAAAGCAAUAGUAAUAUGAUAUUGAACCUGUGCUCUGAUUGUAUUUUGUUUAAUGCUCAUCUAAUCACCUCACUUGCACUCUUUUUUCUCCAAAUUAACCAUACUGUUUAGAAUGUCCACUGUAUGUAUGUGUGCAUACAUGUGUGAGCACAAAUACUGUUGUAUUCUACAUUGCUAUCAUUUCUUUUUUUAUAAUAAAUUACUAAUAGUCAAAUUCCAAGGACUUUGAUGCUUUCUGGCUUUAAAUCUUAAGGAAAGAUUAAUUAUUAAUUUGUCAAUGUCAUUUCAGGCUUUCAGGCCUCAGCAUGAGAGAGAAAAAGAGACAUCAUCAGAGUUGUCCUAGGUAGUGAUGAUAACCCAAAUAAAUUUCCAUUCCUAUCCAAUAUAUUUAAAUUUAUGGGCAUAUAAAUUAACAACCCCAUAAAAAUAUAAAGUGUGGGAAUCUCAGACUCAGGAAAGUGCAUGGUUUUGUUAUAGAAAUAUGAAACUUGGAAAAUGGUGGCCAGUGAACAGUUCCAUGGUAGUUUAUUUAACCAAGCCCCAUGCUAUUUAUUGCAAUUUACUGCCAGUAAGAAUGCAAAUUGUCUAUUUGAUAUUAUAGUAAGAAUAGUCUGAUAUUACAGUAAAUUAUAGUAGUUCUCUAAUGAAAAAGCUAGAGGUAUAAAGUUUCUGGACAUCUUGAUUCCACAAAUAACAUCUCUCCUUUUUUCCUUUUCUAAAAUAAAACAAAAAAUAGCAAUACCUGGUAUUCUUUACCAAUCUUGUUAUUUUGUCACCAUAGGAAUAUAAUGCAGUUUAUGUAUAAUUGCUCAUAAAAUCAUUUUAAUAUAACAUUAAUAUUGAUUAACCAAUCAAGUGUGGUUGGGUAUUUGGGUAUUUUUGAAACAAACUAUGAGAUUAGAAAAUGCAUUGAUGUGGUCAAUGAAGGUUUAAUAUUCUGACUUUAAACCCCUUGUAUUUCUAUUAAAAUAGUGUUUUCUUUUAA